AUGGCCUUUACCUCAUCAUUCUUAGUAUCGAAUAUCCAUUGCCCGUCCUGUGUAUCCUAUGCCCAGGAUGUCCUACGUGAAGUACCCUCGAUCCAAUCGGUUCAUGUUUCACUGAUCGACCACACCAUCCGAGUGAAGCAUGAACAUGACAAAGCCCGGGAGCUCAUCGUCAGGGAGCUGUUGAAGGCAGCAUUUGAAGUCCAACAUGUCACCACCAUCGACACCAAUGGCGUCCAGGUUUAUGACCACGACGUGUCACCGAGCGAUACCGCCUCCUUUGUAUCACGGUCGACAUGGUUCCAAAUUCGUGCUCAGCGCAAACAUAUCGAAAAUUGCAAGGCAUGCCAAGAGAAAAGAGCAGGGCAAAGUACACGGAGAAGGUCUUGGGCAGCGCUCAUACGCUCUCGACGGCAUCGCGACUCUCACAGCAGGCCCAACGAAAGUAGCACCCUCGUAUCAGAGGAUGCUCUUGCGAAUGACCUGCCUGCCUUCAACUUUGACGGUGCUGCUCCUGAUGCGAAGGUGAACAAAUACGCUGCAACAAUUUCUGUCGGUGGUAUGACCUGUGCCUCUUGCAGCGGAACGAUUUCAAACGAGCUAAGUAAACUUGAUUUCGUGGAAUCAGUUGACGUCAACCUCAUGAGCAACGCUGCGCGAGUGGUUUACAAUGCGCCCAAAGAGACUUGCGACAAAAUAGUUGAGACUAUCGACGACCUAGGCUAUGAGGCCACGCUUGAGGAUGUCACGAACUUGUCCCGAAAGGAUUCUUCAACCAAAUCCGCCAAAGAAUACAAGAUCCUUCUGAGUAUUGGGGGCAUGACUUGUGGGAGCUGCGUCGGGACAAUCACUCGGGGACUAGAAGAAUUGCUGUUUGUGCGCUCGGCAGAUAUUGAUCUUGUCGGAAACCGCGGUGUUGUGUAUUUUGAGGAUGAACAUAACCUCGAUGCGCUACUGGAAAAGGUGGACGACUUGGGGUACGACUGCGCUGUUGUCAAAGUCGAGGGGUCCUCGUCGUCACCAACUCCGGGAGGAAAUGAAAGAGUGGUGCAAAUCAAAAUCGACGGGAUGUACUGUGAGCAUUGUCCAGAGAAUAUCAGGUCCGCGCUGCAGAAUGCACUCCCUGCCGCAAAGGCAGACGGUCACCAGGCAUACACCAUCACUCAGCUGCCCACACUCCAGAACCCCAUCGUAACCAUCGCAUAUCGACCUGCGCCUCCCGAUGUCACAGUGCGAAGCUUCAUCUCCGCUAUCAAUGCUGCCCAUGAAGCUUUCCACGCAAGUGUUUAUCAUCCGCCGACGUUAGAAGAACGGUCCCGGAGGCUGCAGCACAAGGAACAGAAGCAUAUCCUCUACCGACUUCUGUUCACUGCCAUUGUCGCCAUGCCAACCUUCAUCAUCGGCGUCGUCUACAUGAGCCUUGUUCCUAAAUCGAAUUCCACGAGGCAGUGGUUCGAGGAGCCUAUCCUUGCCGGAAAUGCGAUGCGAAUGGAAUGGGCGCUAUUCUUUCUGACUACGCCGGUCAUGUUCUAUGGCACCGAUCUGUUUCAUGUCCGGGCUCUGAAAGAGAUCAAAUCCAUGUGGAGGCCACGGAGCAAAGUUCCCAUUCUUCGGCGCUUCUAUCGUUUUGGCAGCAUGAACCUGCUCAUCAGCACGGGUGCGUCAGUAGCAUACUUCUCAUCUCUGGCAGUCCUGAUCAUGGAUGCCACCACGAAGCGGACGUCCAUGGAUCAUGAUAGGUCAUCCGACACUUACUUUGACACCGUUACGUUCCUUACUUUUUUCAUCCUUAUCGGACGCUUUUUGGAAGCAUACAGCAAGGCCAAAACGGGCGAUGCUGUUGCGAUGUUGAGCAACUUACGGCCUUCGGACGCUCUGCUCCUCGAGGACACUCGCUCACAAGACUCCUCUGGAAAUAUCCCACAACCCAGUAUCCGACGCAUCCCAGUGGAUCAGCUGGAAGUGGGCGACAUUGUUCAGAUACCACACGGGACGUCGCCACCCACAGAUGGUGUCAUCGACCAACGAGGUACAUUUCUCUUUGACGAGAGCUCACUCACCGGCGAGUCAAAACCGGUGAGAAAGAGCCAAGGUGAUGAGGUCUAUACGGGGUCUGUGAAUGUGUCCGAUCCCGUCCGGGUCAAGGUCACUGAGGUCGGUGGCACAUCUAUGUUGGACCAGAUUGUCAACGUUGUACGCGAAGGUCAAGCGAAGAGAGCCCCAGUCGAACGCGUCGCCGAUAUCAUAACAGGCUACUUUGUCCCCGUGAUCACAUUACUCGCGAUCAUCACCUGGGUGGUCUGGUUAGGCCUCGGAGAAUCAGGCCGGCUUCCAAAAGGAUGGCUUGAUGUGUCCCAAGGAGGAUGGCCAUUCUGGUCAGUCGAGUUUGCUGUUGCUGUCUUUGUCGUCGCUUGUCCGUGUGGUGUAGGCCUUGCUGCUCCAACGGCGCUUUUUGUUGGGGGAGGACUUGCUGCCAAACACGGAAUUCUGGUCCAAGGGGGUGGUGAAGCGUUCCAGGAAGCAUCAAGACUCGACGCCAUUGUGUUUGACAAGACCGGCACAUUGACCGAAGGUCAGAUGCGAGUCACCGAAUUUGAAUUGCUCCAUCGCGACCCGACAGGUGGAGAAGACAUGGUCGAUGAGCAGGCCAUUCUGGCAGUCUCUCGCCUCAUGGAGGAGUCGAGCACACAUCCAAUAGCCAAGGCCAUCGCAGAGUACUGUCUUGGGAAAUCAGCCACUGUGCCAGUUGAACCAAUUGAAGUCAAAGAAAUACCAGGACAAGGUAUGAUGGCCACUUUCAACUUGAAAAACAACUCGACGACCAGACGGUUCCAGGCUGUGCUGGGUAAUGAGAAGUUUCUCAUGCCAACAAGCCGUCGGGGAACUUCAGAGUCGACGAGCGACGCGUCUAUGUUGAAGAGUGAGAAAGAGGCCAACAUUGUGAUGACCGAUGAUUUCUUUCUCACUCCUGUUUUACGAAAACACCAGUCAUUGGGCCACUCCACAGCUAUCUUUGCCAUCAGGACGCUGCCGCAAGAUGCAGAGAAAGCCGCCGAGCUGAACGUUCCAUUUCAUCCGCUGGCGCUCUUUGCAAUCGCCGAUCCUAUUCGCGCUGAGGCUCCUAGUGUUCUGGACUCGCUGCGACAUGCAAAGCUUGAUGUCCACAUGUGUACGGGAGACAAUCAAACCACCGCUCUCGCUAUUGCGGCUCAACUCGGCAUCCCUGUCAGUAACGUUCGUGCUGGAGUACUGCCACAGGACAAAGCUGCCUACAUCCAAGAGUUGCAAGGCGGAGUGUUCAACAAGACUGGAAAACUCAGCAAUGGGCGCCGUGUGAUUGCAUUUGUGGGCGAUGGCACGAACGACACUCCUGCGCUUUCAGCUGCGGACGUUUCGAUCGCCCUUUCUUCCGGCUCCGACGUCGCGGUAACGACUGCUUCCUUUAUUUUACUCAACUCGGACUUGACAACAAUCCUCUCACUGGUCCGGCUCGCCCAUCGAGUUUUUCUACGAGUGAAACUCAAUUUUGCAUGGGCCGCUGUCUACAAUCUCUGCCUCGUGCCGGUGGCUGCGGGGGUUUUCUUUCCGAUUGGCGCCACGGACGAGCAUGGAGGUUGGAGACUUAGUCCCGUCUGGGCAAGUCUGGCAAUGGCUGCUAGCAGUGUCAGUGUGGUUAUGAGUAGCCUUGCCCUGAAGCUGCCCGAAUUGAGAUGGGGCAAAGUUUAA